GAUGUGGAUGAACGUUGUUGGAUUUUGGAGGUUGAGCGAUAAAGUGAUAAAAGACGUGGUAAAUGUGUAUCGAUGUCAACCGCAGCCUGCACGGAUAUUAUCAUCCAGGCGAUAGUUCGUUUAAAUUCGACCCUUUCCGCGUAAUAAUCCGGAAAUAAUUUGUCAUGGCUUGAUAUGUGCCUGUGUUUUUCGGAAUUACCUGGCGGCCCCGAUCGCGAUUUUUUCGAAAGGGCUGGCAGGAGCGGCGCCUGCAAAUAUUAAUUGUAAUGUAAUAAUUGAAAUAAAAGCAUCUUGUGAUUUGGCCAGCUAGGAUGGGCAAACAAACCGGACCGUGCUGGUGGUGUCUAAAAGCCGUCAAAUGGAUUCCAGUCAUCUUUAUCUUGACUAUCGUCGCCUGGUCGUACUACGCUUAUGUAGUUCAACUCUGCUAUUAUACGGUCGAAAGUGGAGUCCAAAAAGCUUUCUACCUGAUUUUCUUCCACAUCCUCUUCGUCAUGUUCCUCUGGGCAUACUGGCAAACUGUUAGCACGGACCUAACACCAAUUCCAGAUAAGUUCAAAAUACCAUCAGAGGACAUGGAAAAGCUACUGGAUGCAGAGAACGAGGAGAUCCAGAGGCAAAUCUUGGACAGAUUUGCACAAGAUCUUCCCAUUACGAAUAGAACCGUCAAAGGAGCGGUGCGCUUUUGCGAACAGUGCUUAUUGGUCAAGCCAGAUAGAGCGCAUCAUUGCAGCGUUUGUGGGACCUGCGUUCUGAAAAUGGACCAUCACUGUCCGUGGGUGAAUAAUUGCGUAGGCUUCCACAAUUACAAGUUCUUCAUGUUGUUUUUGGCUUAUGCUUUUUUGUACUGCACGUUCAUUACUGCCACCUCUUUGCAGUAUUUCGUGCGCUUUUGGAAGGGUGAACUGAAUCAAGAAAUAAAGUUUCACAUCCUCUUUUUGUUUUUCGUUGCAAUCAUGUUUGCAAUCAGUCUGAACUCUCUCUUCUUCUACCACUGCUACCUCAUUUUACGCAACAGGUCUACACUGGAGGCUUACAGGCCACCCAUGUUCCGAACCGGACAAGAUAAGAACGCUUACAGCCUCGGGAAGUACAAUAAUUUUCAAGAAGUCUUUGGAGAUAAUACGCGUCUCUGGUUUCUUCCUAUUUUUACUAGUUUUGGGAAUGGAGUCGUCUAUCCAGUUCGCUUGCAAGACGAGGGUGGCCCCAAUACAUACAACUCAAUGGGCAACACUCAAAACAGCUUUGGAGAUGGGAUAACCUUUCCUGAGAGGCUCGUCGACGAGGAUACUCACACUCUACUAGGCGUGGAGAUCCAACGGUGGGGAGAGGAAACCGAGCUCGACUCUCCACCUCUCUCCUCCAGGUCUCACGAAGCACUGCUGUCAUAGGACCUGCCGUAGGCAUAAACCAGCCUUUAGUGGAUCCUGCCGAUAUCGUCUGAAUCGAGAUUUAAGCUCGAUCUUCGUAUGCCUCGAUGAAGGCUUUAUAAAUACCUUUUUCCUGCACAAAAUGUAAACUAAAACCGAAACUACAAUGCCUUUUAUUGAAAAGGCAAAUGCUAGACUUAUACAAGAGUUGUGACAAUUUUAACACUUGCUAUCGUUAAAUAGCAAGAUUAAUUAAAAAUAAAAUAAAAAGGAAGAUGCGACUCAUGAAACGUAGGCGUUUUAAUAUUAGGGCGACUCUUAAUAAAUAAACAGGACUCGAAGUUCUUGUGUCUUUUGGAGAAUUUUCUACUGAAUCAAUUACGUUUUGCCUUCAUCAAAUCCAAUUUACGUCAUGAAAUUAUUCAAAAUAGAUUCUUUAUCAAAGAACUUCGAGAAAAAGGGAUCGUCUUAAAAAAAAAGCAAUCCGUAAAAAAUAUUAGAUACAUUUUUUAGAUAAGAGAAUACUGAUAAAUAUUAAAGAUAAUAGGGUCGAUAAGAAAUUGAGGAUUUUCAGCGUUACGAAGUUUUUAGACUUACACCAAAUUCCGAAAAAUAUACGGAAUAUUUUGAUAGAAAUAUUUUCCGUAAUGUUGGUGUCUGCGAAAAAUAUUUUGGGUUGUCGCGUUAACCCAAAAUUGUAAAGCUUUAUAUUUCUUUGAGUAUUUAAUAGUAUUGGAGAUUAAGUGGAAAUUAAUUUAUAAAUUUUUAAAUUAAAUUGGAUUUUGACAAAAAAUUUCAUAAUUAAGAAUAGUAUAUUUUAUGUACAUUUUACCUGGAAAGAUAUGUUUUUAGCGAUAAAAACGAAAAAGAGUGUUGUGAAUUAAUUUAAUUUCUCUUCAUUCAAAGCAGCAUUUAAUAAUUUACUGACUGUACUUCGAGCAUUUUUAUCGAAAGAGCACAUUGUACAGAGAAAAAAAAUCAGGAAGAUAUAUUCUGGAUUAGUUCUGAUUUUUUUCUCUCGCAAAAUCUUCACCUUUGAUUAAUGAGACAAACAGAACAAAGUUGUACAUAAAUGCAAAAACGUCACGCGAGAUCACUGAUUUUUUAUAAAGGUCCGUUCUCGUUCUAUUUUAAGUGUAGCAUAUUAUUAUAAUUAGGAUUGUAAAAUUUCGUAGCCUUUAAGAAAUUCGUUGAUUUUAGAGUUUAAUCAGUAUUUGUAAAGUGCAAUCUAAGGAAUGACGAUCAAUCUGCAAAUUCGCCAACGUCACAAUAAAUAAUUUCAAUGCGGUAAUAUUAAUUUUAAUUGACUUAAGAAUAUUAAAGGAUUAAAAGUUGAAAAGAUCCGAGCUUAAAAUUUGUAUUUUAAUAUUCUUAGAUUAAUUCAGUUUAAAAAUUACUGCAGUCACAGUGAUAAAUUACAAUUAAUCGUUAGAUAUACUCUUCAUAAGAUUUCUCUUAAAAUAUAAAUUUCCGCGUAUCGAAGUCAAAUCGUUUUUCAAUUCAUAAUUUGCUUUUUUUCAGACAACUUUGUAAGACAAGGAAGUAUAUUUAUUAAAUCUAUACCUUAAUUAUAAUUUCUACAGUAUCACACGAGGAAUUAAUUAUUUACAGAUAAAAUAUACUUAUAUUUU